AUGUCGAUGGAAUAUGUGGGCUCUUUAUUAAACCUGGAGAAAUACUCAUUCCAAGGAUCACUCAGAACUCAUGUCAAGAGGUUAAAAGUAACACUCAAAGCCUCAGCAACAGUCGCUGAAGGAUCAUCUUUUGGAAGGAAAUGCAGUCAUAAUUCAACACUCGAGGACAAAUAUAUGGGGGUUUAUGAUAUUCUCCCUGAAUUACAGGCCAACGCAAAGGGAACCCCUGUGGCCACUGCUCUGGGAAGCAUCGCAUACUACAGCUGCAGGCGUCGCAGUGUCGAACGCCGUUGCCGAGUAGCCCCAGGCUUCCCGGUAAUGCCGUCGGCGGCAGGUGUGUGCAGUUCGGGCGCUGGCUACCAGACGGUGCUCUCGUCGUGCUGGUACCUGAACUACAUCAGCUACGGCGUCGACUGGCACAAGUACUACGAGUGCGACCCCCAGGCAUUCAACGGUGAGUGGCGGCGAGGAAGAACCGAGGCAGUUUAUACCGUAGUCCGUUUUUGUUUUGAUUUUUGGCACGGCGGCGCAGCAGCAGCUUGGUGACGAGGCGUGCAUGUGGGGACCGCAAUAACCUGAACCUCUGCACGUGGCCGCGGGCCGCUGUCGUGGUGGAAAAACUGUGGAGCGGCGCCAUACACACCGUCACCUCCACCGCGCCCCACCUGGAGGAGCACCGUCGCCGACUCCACGGCAAGGGCUUCGACGUAGGGCAGCUUUAGAUGACUUGCCCAGCUGACCUCGCGGCUGCAACGUCAAACUACUCUGGUUCAGGCCGUCCUGUUCUCCAACUGACCUAGAUUCAAUAAACGCUUGACCAUAUAUGCACUGACUGAA